CGCCCUCUCCCGCCUCCUACUAUGGGCAAUUGCUGGUGCCUUCGGGCCGCCCUGAAAAACCUCAAGAUGAUUGGUGGGACGGAAGGAGGCGGGCAGGAGCGGGGAGGAGGAGGGUUUUUAUUCGCCGCCAAGCGGGAAGGCGGAAAGCUGCCUGGAGCUGGGAAGGAGGAAGCGGCUCUGGAGAGCUCCAUCAUGGCUAACGGCGAUGACGGGUGUUGCCUGAAGGAAGUGCUGGUCACAUUCCAGUCCUGCCUCAACGACCAGCAAGAAAUCUUAAUGGAUCCUUACAUAGCAGGCUGGAAAGGAUUAGUCAGGUUCCUCAACACCCUGGGCACCAUCUUCUCCUUCGUUUCCAAAGAUGCGGUGGCCAAAAUCCAGAUCAUGGAGAACUACCGCAGCAGCAAUGAAAAGGCCCAAUACUUGACGCUUCAGUCCAUGGUGAAGUACGAACUCGGCAACAAUAUGGUGGAUUUGAAAAGCCCCGUGGAUCAGCCUCCCUCGGGCUGCCGGACAAUCCUGCGCCUUCACCGUGCCCUUCGCUGGCUCCAGCUGUUCCUGGAGGGCCUGAGAACCAGUUCCGAGGACUCCAGCACCUCGGCCUUGUGUGCGGACGCGUACAACGCCUCCUUGGCCAACUAUCACCCCUGGAUUAUCCGCAAGACGGCCCUCUUGUCUUUCUACGUCCUACCUGCCCGGAACGCCUUCCUGGAGCUCAUGAACGUGGGCACCCCCGCAGAUGCGGUGGCCAUGUUGGAAGAGGCUUUGCCCAGCAUCGCCAAGGUCUACGACAUCACGGAAGCGCUGUAUGCCCAGCACAAACUUCUCGAAAUCCCGUAACGGAACAGGUCCACAAUCCAUGCUUUCCCGAGUAUCAGCAAUCGGGGUGAGCACAAUCAUCUUGCGCCCGAAUCCGUGCGUAAGCAGGAGGCACACUGGCACCGAAAUCUAUAGCUUCUCACACUCGGCUCUGUCCGAAAUCUGGUUACCUAUAGACGUAAGCUUUCCACUGUCUGAAUGCCUGUUCUGUUUGAUUCAUCUCCAAAGAAACGUGACCGGUCUUCCUGGUCCUUUAGUGACACGGUUGAAAGUGAUCAUUUUCUUUUUCUUAACUGCAGAAAUAGAGACUGAACUUCUCAGGGCAUCGACUGGGAGCAGGGUCUUUCUGGUCUUUGGUUUAAAUUAUGCACGCUCUGUCAAUCAAAUGUUGUUUAAU